AUUAUUCUUUGGACCGCAACGCGACCACAAUCGUCGCGCGCGCUUUUCAAUAACGCGAACCUGCGCCGUCUCGUUCUCAUCUCCAGCACGUGAUAGGAAUUAAAUUCAUUCCACGCGCCCCGGGCCUUAGUUCACUAGUAGCUGCUUCUGCGAAAAGUCGUUCGAUCACCGUUUCCCGAAAUAAACUUUCGUGUGCGCCCCGAAGUUGCUCUUUGAAAGUUUUGUGCCGUUUUCGUGUAUGCCAAGUGCGUUUCGCCGUUCGCGAUUUUUGGUGAAAAUCAAUCACAGACGGAUUUGUUUUAUUUAUAGUUUCCUGAUUAUUAUCUGUUUAGUGUUGUUGGUGCUGUCAUUAAUCGUCGACCUUGAUACUAUACUAAGUACGACUGGCGCAUAAUGAUGGAACUUAAGGGAUCAUCCCAGUAAGCGCGGUCGCUCAUUCGAAAUAAUCAUGGAUGAUCACGGGCUAGAGUCGCCCCAGCAUCCCGCCGCCGGACUAACCGACGACAAUCUCAACAUAAGUGAUGUCAUUGAAGUUAUCGCGACAGAUCCGGAUUUCGAGCAGUCGCGCAGUAUGUUCAACGGCGUUCCCGAAGUGACGCGUUCCCCGGCCAUGGCGCAAGUGCGGCCGCGAGUGAGAAUAAUCGAGCAGCCGGCGUCGAAAGCGCUACGCUUCCGGUACGAGUGCGAGGGACGCUCGGCCGGUUCCAUACCGGGCGUUUCGAGCACGCCCGAAAACAAAACCUUUCCCUCGAUUCAAAUUGUCGGCUACCAAGGCAGAGCGGUUGUCGUCGUGUCCUGCGUGACAAAAGAUUCGCCGCACAGGCCUCACCCGCAUAACUUGGUUGGGCGUGAGGGAUGUAAAAAGGGAGUUUGUACGUUGGAGGUUUCGCCCGAGACCAUGUCGGUUACCUUCUCCAAUUUAGGUAUACAGUGUGUCAAAAAGAAGGAUAUAGAAUCGGCGUUAAGAGUACGAGAGGAAAUUCGCGUCGACCCAUUUAGAACCGGAUUUUCACACCGAAACCAACCCACAUCGAUAGACUUGAACUCGGUCAGAUUAUGUUUUCAAGUGUUUUUGGAAGGCGACCGAGGCAAAUUCACGGUACCGCUCACGCCUGUUGUCAGCGAUCCUAUCUACGACAAAAAGGCCAUGUGCGAUUUGGUCAUCGUGAAGCUCUCCGAUUGCACAAGUUCGGUUGCCGGUGGUACUAAAGACGUCAUCCUUCUCUGCGAAAAGGUUUCAAAAGAGGACAUUGAAAUUCGUUUUUACGAGGAGAGGGAUGGACAAGUCGUCUGGGAAGGGCGCGGUGAUUUUCAACCGUCGCAGGUUCACAAGCAAACCGCCAUUUGGUUUAAGACACCUCCCUACAGAAGACUGGAUGUGACAGAGCCCGUCAAAGUGUUCAUACAGUUGAGAAGACCGUCGGACACGGCGACCAGCGAGCCAUUGCCCUUCGAAUUGCUGCCAUUAGACGCAGAGCCCUCUAGGGUGGGAGCGAAACGACCAAAAUUUGAGGCAGACGCAAAAAACGAAAUUUUACUUCGGUUGCGCGAUCAAGAGCGAAAUAGAUCGCAUCAGCCUUUCAAUAUUAUGCCAAAUUCCAUAGACGUGAAAACAGAACCCAGAGACAAUACCCCUUCCCCCUACGCCGGUCAGGGUUAUGGCGGCGUCAGCCCAAUGUAUGUAACCAACCAUGCAGUCUCUCCACAGCCAUUUCUUCUCCCUGCGAACACGUACGUUCAGGCACAAGCAGUGGACACUAUCACCUACAAUCUACCAGUAUCAGAAAGUUACACGCCCUCCUCCCUCCCACCAGUGGGUAGCCUAUUACCUCCGUGGAACACGAUUACCAUAAGUGCUAGUGUUAGUGAUGCUCAAAAUGCUUUCGGUGCCAGUGCAAUGAGUGUGGACCCUCCCACAGGACUGAGUAGUUUAUUAGACUUGGACAGCCAACAAACCGAAUUGAAACAAAUCGAUCUCAAUUCGGGCGAAUUGGCAACAUUAAACGCGUUUGAUACUCACAAUCUCUCGGAGAACUUGACCAAUAAUUUAUCGUUGACGGAUUUAAAUCCGCCCAGACAGGAUCACAGCAUGACGGACAGUUUCACGCAACUCGCGAACAACGUUAUAAAUAGUAUUUGUCAGUUGAAUGACAUGACUAAACCUAAUUAAAGUUUUAUUUUUAAAACAUCGGUUAAGUUUUGUAUUAUGUAGGUGUGUUAAUUUUAUUUGUUAGUUUCGACUCGACGCUGUGAUUAUUUUCAACGGCAAUAUUUUUCUAUUAGUUUUAGGAUCGAGAGUUUGCUCACAUACAAACAGCUUUAGAUAAUAAAAAGAAUUUUAUACUUUU